CCAAUCUAAGACUGUGACUGAAAGCCCAACCCAGUUUUCUAAUCAUAAGUAUUUUAUGUUGUACACUGUUGAAUGGAGCACUGAUUUCUAGUAUCAUGAAUAUUGAGUCUAUGUUAAUAAUUUUUUUAUAACUUUAAUAAGGGUGGUCUGUGAAAACGUCGGAAUCCUGAUUGGAAGGUGUCAUAGCAACCAGUUGAUGCCAGGAAGUGAUUAAGUUGUUGGAGGAAAACUUUCUCAAUUUUACUCAAUUUUAUGAAAGAUAGAUUUGAUAUUGCUCUGUAAAUGUUAAUAAUAGAGUCAUCUAGGCUCCGCUUUUUUAAAAGGGGUUUAUUAACUGCUGUUUUCAAGGCUUUUAGGAAAUUCCCUGAUUGGAGAGUUGUUAACUAUUUGCAAUAUGUCUAUUGCUAGGCAGUCAAAAACAUUGACUGCCUAGCAAUAGACAAAAACAUUUACCUACCAAGAGAUUGGUAGGUAAAUUAUCAAAGCAACAGAUAAAGAUAUGUAAUGUCUCUGAAAAAAUGACAUCCACCCAUUUUAUAUUAAGGCGAGGCAUCAACAUGUGUGUGGACUGUGACUCAAGUUCCUUGGCGCAAUGUUUGACUUGAGCAGGACCAACUUUGGAACUGUUGAAUGUUCUAACUGCUCAAGUAAGAGGAAGUCAAUAGACCAAACAACAUGGCUGCCAGAGUCCCAAAAUGGUCCAAACAAAUUUGAAGGGGCAAAAAGGUGGGAUUAACUUCUGCCAAUCAUCAAACUGGGUGUAGUUAAAGGCACAUGGGGGCAAGAUCAAUUGCUCCCAAUUGUAUCCAGAUCUUGCAACAGGAGGCCCUAAAACAUGAAGAGAAAAUGCUAACUUUGGGCAGUGAUAUUUUCUGAACCAUGAUAGCUAAUUCAGCAAUAAAACCAUGCUAUUCUGUAAAGUAAAAUCAUAUCAUCUUCAGUCUAGGCCAAUGAAAGGGGGAACAGAGGUCAGACAUUUUCCGAUCUCAAUCCAACCAUUGAAUGUUCGUUUCUAUCUGUCUGAACAUCAAACAAUGCAUAACUCUUAUUUGUGUUUCUUUCAUGUUUAUUUGAGUCCUGUGUUUACACACCUUGAGGUAUUAGAUCAAUACAAACAAAGAAUUAAACACACAAAAGAUAUUGAAACAUCAUUAAAGACAAAUACUGUGUGCACACUGGUAACCGUCCCUAAACUCACCCUCAGGACAUGGAAGCCUGUCCAGGAACUGUUAAGUGGGCUCAUGAAGGCGUAGGCUAUAAAUGUGUCCUCAGAUGAUCACUGACCAGUCACAUUUUAGACUCUUCACAGAGUGGAUUUCAUCUUUGUGGAAUAGAUACAUUGAAGGAUUCGUGCAUACCAGCUUCACAGAUUAUGAAUGAUGGCUGGGGCUGUCCACCCAAUUCUCUCAGUUUGUCCCUCACGGGCACUCUUUACCGAGAAGUUCCGGGUGCUGGUGGAGAAUCUGCCUCCUGGUUUCUCAGUCACUUUGCACUCUCUUCACUGCUCUGAGAUUAACGAUUAUUGGGAGGCGUUCGGACACUAUGUCGCUGACAAUAAAGGGACUGUCGAUGUUUCACAAGAGGCUAGUCUGGGGGGAACCUACACAGGAAAGGAGCCGAUGGGUUUGCUGUGGAGUAUGAUCCCUGUGCCAGGAUCUAAAGAGCAUGCAGUUUUGUUCAAGGUUGACGUGGAGACACCACAGGAGGUGCUCAUCUCGGUGUUUCAGGGCCACCUCUCUGAAGGCUUCAGGCAGAAGCCUCCCCUGGCCUCAGUGGUGGCCGAGAGGUGGUCCAUGGCACCGGGGCUGAAGAGGAUCAGAGUGCAAGAGAAGGAGAUUGAGGGCAUCCUCUUCAUCCCUCCUGGUCCUGGACCCUUUCCGGGAGUGCUUGAUUUAUGGGGCUAUGAAGUGGAGCUGACGGAGUGCCGUCCCGCAAUGCUUGCGUCUCAAGGUUUUGUAGCCUUUGUGGCCAAAUACGUCAUUCCUGGAAGAGAAUUGAAGAUGGACUAUUUUCUGAGGGCGUUUGAGUUUCUUCAGGAGCAUCCGCUGGUGAUCAGCAACAGAGUUGGACUCAUUGGCCUGUCUCAGGGUGCAAUCGUGGUUCUCAAUAUGGCAUGCCGCACCGAAGCUAUCAGUCCUCGCUGCUGUGUCUCUAUCAAUGGCAGCCACUUAUUGAUGGAAGAGUCGUCUGUUACAUUUUGGAAGAAACACUUUAAAAUGAAGGAACACACCAUUCUGCGAAAUGAGCAGAACCAUGUAACAAUGCGCGGUUUGACACUACCUCUCCCAAAUGAAGCAACUAUAAAUAUGGAAAAUAUAAAUUGUCCAUUGUUGCUGGUUGUUGGGGAAGGCGAUCUUAAUUUCCCAUCUGCAGAAUGUGCUGAGUUGAUGGCAAAGAGGAUGCACACAGCGGGCAAAGAGCACCUGUUGACCAUACUGAGUUAUCCAGGUGCCGGACACAUCCUCCAUUUGCCCAAUAGCAACCUUGUCCGGAUCUCCCGUUACCGCUUUCCAUGCUUCGACCAGCGCGAAAUUAUACUGUGGGGAGGACACCCAGAACCUCAUGCAUUUGCUGAGGAAGACAGUUGGGACAAGAUCUUGGCCUUCCUCAAGCAACAUCUGUACCCUGAUCCUCAAAGUGACCCCGAUGCAGCGCUGUGAAAGUACAGACAGCCGCCAUGGCUUUUGGUGACAGUGCGUCUGACCGAGACUAUCAGGUUUUGCUGUGAAUGUGUGAUAUUUCUUCUCCUAAAGUGUCCCAGAUCUCAGGGAUGGGAUGUGCAAAGUGUUCUUGUGCAGGGUGGGGACAUGCUGGGCAAAGAACCUGAAUGGCCAGUAGUCGUUCCACCUCCCACCCUCGGCCAAUAUACGCUGAGAGGGGAAACAUUGAAAUAGGCAAUGAGUUAAACUAUUUUAAAAGUCCCCAGGGCGUCAAUCGAUCGGACAAUAAAUCCAACCAAUGAUUAGAUCUAUGGUGUAAUGUUUAGCUCCAAACCUUUCACAAUCACAAACACAGAUGCUGCAGGGUAUUUCACAAACUUCAAAUUAUCCGAUUAUCAUAUCUAGACCAGUCUGUAGCCAAGUAUAAUCUGUAGUUUGGUAUUUUUUUUAUAUAUGCUAUUGUGUGUUAUUAUAUAUAUUUAUUCUGUUAUGUCUGGGUAAUUAUAUGGCUUAUAUUAUGUGUGGGAAUUUAAAUGGUCAAUUUAUUUGUGAGGUAAUGUCCCAUAGGUGCAUUCUUUACACGUAUUUUAUAUUCUAGUUUAUGUUUUUUUCUGUCCCCUGUCUCAGGUGUGGGGCACCACAGGGGAGUUGUCUAUAAGGGUUGGGGUUUAUUGUGUUUGGGGUGGACAGAGGAGUUAUGUUGAACGCGAUCGGGCGCGGAGCCGACUACUGUGACCUCUGACGUGUUUCUGUAUUAUGAUAUUGUUCUCUUUUUUCCUUAAUAAAUGUUAAUCUUUGACAGCG